UGUCAAAACAAAAUGGCCGCGCCCAUGUGCUUCCAUUUGCGCGUGGUUUAGUUGAUCGUGUGAGUACAGUGUAAACGUGUGCUGGCGCCGAAAGGACAUCCGUUACAUUUGCCGAGGCGGCACCUUAAGCUCAAGUGUUGCAAAUGACUGCACAAAACGUGAGGAUGCCUAAGAAAAGAAAACGCAGCGAGACGAAGGAAAGCGAAGAGAAGCCGAGCAAGAAGAAGACCACCGAUGCGGAGAACGAUCUUGACGGCGGAGAGUCUGACGACGAUGGAUCCCCAGAUAAAAAGGCGAAGACGGAACCAGAGGAGCCUUUUUGCAUCAAGAAGUUUCUCGUCGUACUUGACAAAGGAGGCGAUCUGAUGAAAGAAUUCCAGAAGUUCAUUGAAGCAGCUGACUCAUUUGCAAGUGGAGAGAGCACGGUAGACGUUGUGAAACAAUACCUCGAUGCCACUGAUGGCAACUUUCAAAGCAUUUCAGCACUUCUCUAUGGUGUCAAAACGGGGUCACGUAUGCACACGCUGGUGUACCAGGUUCUGGAACGCUUGGUUUCGCGGCUGCCAGAGGACUUCAGACAGUACGUCAACACCGCUUUGGUGUCGGCGCAGCAGAUGCUGCAAAAGUACAGUCGCCUCAUGCACAUGUCUCUGUGCCGUACUGCCAAGGCCAACCAUGCAAAGGCUGCCCUGCGCCUUCUUACAUCAAUUGUCACUCUGGGCCCCGAAGGAGCACGUUACGUCACCAGUGUGGUCAACUUUGAGACUACGGACUUCACCACGUGGAUCAACACUCGAAACCGCAGGGAUACUGAAGAUGUGCGAACCUGUGCAGUCUUUUUCCUCAUGUCGGUUCUUGUCGUUGGAAGCAACUCAGUGGCACGCCAGGUGCUUCAGGCCAAAGGAUUGAUAAACAGCAUAUUUCCUGGUCUACCAUACGACCGGGCAUCAUUCAUAUGCAGCUUUCUUUCGACAUUUCAGACUAAGGUUGUAGAGAACACCUCUUUUACCAAGACCAUAAAGUUGAAGAUGCUGAACGACAAGUCUCUGAGGUAUGUCACUCACUUGCUCAGCUGGGAAGGGCCGAAGUCUUGGACGAUUCAUGGCAAAUGGAACAAGUACAAGGCUAUUCGAGGUACCGAAAAAGAAGAUCCUGAAGCAGUACUGCAAGCAUCUGAAGAAGAUGUGGAGUUGGUCCAGAGCACCGCCUACAAUUUCCUGACUGCGGUGUGCUGCUCGCACAAAUAUGGCAUACUAUUCCGUGAUCCUAAAAUGGGACAGUCAAGGCAGAACAUGAACCAUGUGAUCACUUCCAUCCUGCUGACGAUGGAGCACCCGUACGAGCACGAGCGGUGCUGCUCCUUUGUGGUGGAAGUGCUGAAGGUGGCCCCUGAUCAGAUCGGCUACUACCUUCACGGCUGGCGGUCCAUCCUGAUGUACGCCACAGCCGCCACUGCCGAGAAGCUCAUCAACCUGUACACUCAAGUUGUGGAAGUUCAGGACCUGGAUUCUACAGUAUGGGCAAUGGGUGAAAACGUCCCCGAGAAAGUCUGCCGGCUUAUUCUGUAUUUUUCUCUUCUGAGCGUCGCCAGUAACGUCACUGAAGCUCGGAGUGUUCAGACAGAGGAGGAUAACAUCAAACUCCAGCUUGCACACAUGCGUUUCAUCGCUGCAUCGCUACGAAAAGUCCAAAGCGCUCUUGACCAUGCUGAAAGUGCAAAGUCAUCAGUGAGCGCAGCAAUGAAGACAAAACUACGGCGCAUACUGUGCCAGGACGUCUGGAAAAAUGUGCCACCUACAGCAGGCCUCGUCAAGGAGUACUGCAACGUGGUGAAAAAAGCUACCUCGAAAGAGCCAGAGACCGAAGGCCCAUCUCUGUCUGACUAUGCUACCUACUGUUCAAGCAUCCUGGAUGUGCUGGACUUGUAUAGACUGUUUUCCCAAGACUACCACUCUGAGUACGACUGGAAAGUGCUCUCUAAGCUCGCCGGCGUCGAAACGGAUGUGCUUGAUGCCGAGGUCGAAGACCAAUGCCUGCAACUGAGGGCCAUUGGCCUUGUGCUCGAAGCUUGCCCAGCUUCCGAAGUCCUCAUGAUCAGCGAUGGGGAGCAGAAGUCAGCAUUCUGCCACCUCCUCGAACUCUUUGCCCGUCGUAAAGAAGGUGUCAUCGGAAAAUCCGCAGCGUCACUCAUUUCAAAGCUUCUCUGCAACCUGAAUGUUCUGGAGGGAUACAGCAUGGAAAUCGACAUCUGGAUGGAGAAAUUCAGGCAGGGACAGUGCUUGAACUUGGUCCAUCUGCUUCUGGCUGCAGUCCAGCUAGUUGUCACUGAUUCGAAUCGCCUCAACUCAAAGGUCAUGCGCUGUGUCAUGAAUAAGGCAACCGCAGCUGGUGGGCAGUCUGCUAUGGACCUUUGGAGUCUACUCGAGCAAAAUGAAGCUGCUGCUGAGAAUGCCAAAGAGAUGGAGUCUUUUGGAGCCAGUACAUACUUCAGUCCCCUUGUUCCAGCUGCUAUGGAGUGUAUAAAACAUUCUACUGAUGCAGUGCACAAGAGCUACGUCUACUCGGUCAUCAAGACAAUCCUGCAUCACCAGCAACGCCCUGUGGUCUUCUGCAACUUUCUGCACAGACAUUCGCAAUCACUUUCAAAAUUGCUCCUCGGCUAUGUCUCCAUCUGGUCGUCGGACACUUUGCCAGUGACGAGGCCAAUGCAGGAAGAGGGUGUGACGGAAUUCUUUUCUGCUGCUGAGUAUCAACUGGAGUGCAUGUUUCUAGACAUUCUCUACGCCCCAAAGCAUGCGAAGAAGAUGGUGUCUUCGACGGAGCAAAGUACCGUAGAUGUAACAUCCUGCAGCCUAAAUGAAUGCAGAAGUUUGUUUUACCAAGCGAUGCUCUACGCACGGAGACUCCUUGGGAAUAAACGCACUAUGCGAGGAUUUCUUUCUGUGGUCCAAGUCCUAAAGGAUGUUUUCGAACGUGCCAUUGAACUGAGGACAGAGAAGGAGGAGCCUUCUGCGUUGCUUGAUGCUCUGCUUCGUGACGACAUGACCCUCUCGGUUUAUCUCCACGAUGUGCAAGAUGGCCUGUAUCUUGUCGCACAAGACUACUCAUCCUUCGUGCUCGACACCAUCAUCCAGGUGAUGCAGUGUACUUCUAGCAUACCAAAGGGGCUGCAAGCUUCUUUGUGCUUCCUCAAGGAUAGGUCACUGAAGAAGAUCUCUGCGGGUACAUUGCCAAGAGAGAUAGACAGCAGCAAGGUGUUGCAGGCGUUCAGCGGUGUCUUCAAUGAGUCGGACAUUCUGGCACUCCUUCAGGCAGUGGGGCCAGUACCAUCCAGAUGCAAGAAGAAUGUGGGACCACUGCUGAGCACUUGGCUUACCUGCACUUCCAAAGGAAGUGAGCAGGACACUCCACUCCUUUCGGCCGAGGUCAUUCAGAACAUGCUGUCGUCCAUCCUUGAGAGCCAGGACAACGUGUCCUUGCUGGAAGCCUUCCUGCGAUUCCUCGAGUUCCGGCCUGUCUACGUGUUUGCUUUAAGGGCCGAUGACCUCAAGCGUUUGUUGGAGGACCAGACUUCGGCAGGAAUCGACAUUGUCAACUUCCUGAUGAAGCACAACAUUCAGCAUCGGCAAGACCUGCAGCAGCUGAUUCCUGGCUCAUUCAAGCCAAUGGUGUCACACCUCUCAAUGGCCAGCCUGGCAGGCUUCCUGAGAAGCCUCUGUCUUGGUCUGACUCGGGAGAGCGCCCCGAGGAAGCUUGUCGGAUGGCUCACCAAAACCUUUCUUGUGCUGCCCAAGCGUGCGUGCGCCCUGAAGAAGGGCGUGACACAGCAGGUGCUUGAUGACAUGACAUCAUGCCUGAGCGCGCUGAUGAAGCUUGGCCAACUUGGCAACGACAGCGUUGCAAAACUUGUAGAAAUUCUCUCGGACACUACUGAGCAUGAGCUCCAGUUGGCACUGUUAAACACGCUCUGUCGCAGCAUGAGUGAGGAGCUCUUCGAUGGCUCUGUCUGUGACUCGUGCCUCCACACUCUGCUCCAGUGCGUAGCCAGCUUGGCAAGCAGUCACGCUGACCUUUCUGAGCAUGUUCUCCAACAGUUGCAGGAGGUUGUGGCCACUGCAAAGGUUGUUGACCAGAGCAUAUUUGCAAGAGUGGUGCGUCAAGAUGGACUCUGGCCUCAGUUUAUCAAGGACAACUUGAAGACUGGCUUUCGGUCACAGGAAUUUGGGCAUACGUCUUUCGAGCUCCUCUCAGUGAUAUGCCAGAAAGUGUACAGUGUGGGGAAUAUUGGCGACAUCAACCCUGCCUUAUGCCGGGUGUACAUGAUGAUGUUUGGCCACUCGAGGUUUCUGCCGCUGAUGCUCGACACUGAACCUGCGGUGCAGGAACGGAAAGACAAGAUGUUAGAGCUUAUGGCUGUCCUGGUUCAAUGUGAUCCGACACUGUGCAAUGUUGAGCACAUUCCCAUAUUCCUCAGUGCUUAUGGAGCGUCCUUGUCCAUAGUAGACCAGAGGAUUCUGUAUCUUAUGUUUCUUUAUGAGAAGAAUGGAGUGGAUGUCUGCAACUUCAAGCCGUUCUUGUGGGGCCCGUCGGCAGUGUCCUUCUACUCACUGCACAAAAAGGCCUCGGUCAGCCUUCUCAAACAGCCGAAGUCUGAGGAAGUGCUGAACCUGAUAAACGAGGACAAGAUGGCUGCCACCGUUCUACGCUUCCCAUUACAUCUACAGCUUGAUGUUGUUCCAUUGGAGAGUAUUGCCAAUCGUAGCCUUUAUGACCCAAGGUUCCUGCUGCCCCUUCUUUUCACCCUACUGACCCCUGAGUCACUCGUCAACUGUCGCCAGAUAGUGGAGACACGCUGCCUGGCCCUCAUACUGAUGUCACUGAGCAGUGAAGUAUUCGAGGUGCGGUGCCUGGGCUGCAACCUGGUGAUGAUGCUGCAUCACCACCUCCAGGGCUCGCGCUUCACCAUGAGCGCCUUGUGGCUGUCAGUCCUGGAGACCUUGCGCAACGCGGCCACCGUCACCUGUCCUCACGUACCUUGCCUUGUCAGCGGCUAUCUGGUCUCGGCCAUCGACGUCAUCAGCAAUCCCGGGCACUUCAUGUUCAACGCAGUUGCAGACUUCUUGCUCGCAAAGCCAGUGCUGGACAUAGAGAACAUGCCUGACUUCUACAAGAUGUUCUACAACUACAGAUUAGAGCACUACAUGAAAAGGAAUUGGCACCUUGAAGUGAUGGUGGACUACAUGCGUUGUGGCCUGGACUUCCACAUUUCUAAAAAGCGUUACAUCUUCAAUAUCCUGCUCACUUUCUUCAUGUCACCACUUUGCCCGAAGAACACAAAGGAGCUUAUCCUGAAGCUACUGAUCGCUGCUGCCAAGAUUCCCAAGGCUGCUCGUAUUCUCUGCAGAGAGCAGGGACUUAUGAUGUGGUUGCCAGCAGCAUUGGAGAGGAAUAGUGAAGAGAAAGACAUUUGCGAGCUGUUGUUCGAAGCAGUCCAUCACGUAUGGAAGUCCAGCUUUGUUAAAACCGUGAGAGUCAAGGACUUGAAGGCCGCUAAAACCAGGAAACAGAGCAGCGUGUCUAAAGAUGAAGAAGCAUCAGAGGAAAGCGCCGACGAGGACAAGGAAGAAGAAAGUGCUCCGAAGGAGGAGGACGAGGCCGCAAUGAUCCGCGCAAAGCGCGAGAGUCUCCGCUACUACGAGUACUUUCCCUACGAGUUCCUCUUGAUGCUGUUCAGCACUAGGAAGUACAUCAUGGACUGCCAUAGUCUAGACGCGUUCACCAAGUUCACCGAGCAACUCAGCGACAUGCUGUGCUUUGUGCGUUCUCGAGAGGCCAGUGGAAAAAGCAAGGCUGCACAGAACUGUUGCCUGCCCAACAGAGACAUUGUGCUUGAGCUGUUGAACCACUGGAGACAGCUUGCAGCCGUGAACAGUGCAGACAACUAUCAGCAGUCGAGCCAGGCCAUCGCCAGCGUGUGUCAUCACUGGCAGCCAGACGACACGACGCAGCCCCUGGAAUGGCUCGAGGCUCUGGACUUUUCGCUGCAACAUGGUGCGGAAAGCAUCAACUUCAACGAGGACUUGCUCGCAUGGGUGCUCCAUUGGUUGGAAGGUUCGGGUGGGCCCGAUCGUGCCAUCGAACUGGUGAACUUUCAAGGAGGACAUUGCCUGGAAAGGCUUCUGGCCAGAGUUCACUGGUCACUGGGUGAAAUUGUGGCCAGUGGGGACGAUAGACCUAUUGUGACCUCUGUUGUUCUGCAAAUCGCGGACUUGUUGUUCAGCAAAGCUGCAAAGGUGUUGGCCAAGGCACAGUGUGACUUGUACAGGAAGCAGAUGGUGUUGCUUAGGGUGGAUGCUUCUUUGCCUGAGCUGGACAGAGCCUUGGGAACCUCUGUUUUGUUCAGUGAACUGCUCUUAAGAGUAACGAAGGCCGAUUGAACUGUACAUACUCUUUAUUAUAUGUUGCUGCAUGAUGGGUAUCAAAUGUAAUAAAUGCUUGUUUUUAUACAUUGAA